UUACUUCUAAAUCCCAUUUCUAUUCUCAUGGAGACUUCUUCUUCUCUACUCUCAUAUUUUAUUCUUCUCAUUAUGCACAAGCCCUUCCAAGCUCAAUGUGGUGUUCCAGCAAUAAUUGAUUAUUCUCUUGGUGUCUUUGACUAUAUCGUCAGCAUAGGCUUAGGAACCCCUACCAAGCUCUUCACACUUAUUUUUGACACUGGUUCUGAUCUCACUUGGACCCAAUGUGUCCCAUGCAUUAACUGUUAUAACCAAAAAGACCCAUUUUUUGACCCAUCCCAAUCAUCCACCUUCACCACCAUUGAAUGCAUCUCUAACUAUUGUAUCCAACUCCCUCGAUUUGGUUGCUCCUCUACCUUCACCUGCCUCUACGAGCAAAGAUAUGCUGGUAGUACUAUUACUAAAGGGUCACUCCUUCAAGACACCUUAAAAUUCUCCGAUGAUAAUAUACAAAACAUCCACUUUGGCUGUGGAGAUAAUAACACUAGAUAUUUUGGACAUGUAGAUGGGUUAUUAGGCCUUGGCCGAGGGGCUCUUUCAAUUAUUUCUCAAACAACUCAGUUGUAUAACAAUAUAUUCUCAUAUUGUUUACCAUCAGGGCCCAACAAAGUUGGAUAUCUUGAACUAGGUAGUGCAGCCCUUGGUGUGAAGUAUACACCGAUGCUAACCAACCCAAAAAUGCCAUCAUACUACUUCAUCAUUCUCACUGCCAUUUCUAUUGGGGGUGAAAGGCUCGCCCUUUCACCUACUAUAUUUAGUAGCCCUGGAACUUUGUUGGACUCUGGCACAGCAUUUACGCACCUUCCACCCACUGCCUACUCCGCCCUACGUAGAACUUUUUGA